AUGAUGAUGCUGAUGAAGACGCUGAUGAAGAUGCUGAUGAAGAUGAUCUCCAUCAGGAUGAUGAUGCUGAUGAAGAUGGUGGUGGUGCUCCAGGUGCUUCUCCACGUGCCACAGGUCCGCUCAGACAGCAGGAGCCUCCUGGGAGCGUCCCGGUCCUCCUACCCCCCCUACAUGAUGCAGCUGUACCGCAGCGCGCUGACUGAGGGCCGCCGGACCGCGAGCGGAUCCCCGGACAGCAGCCGCGGACACGAGGCCCUGCACCACGCCGACUCCGUGCUCAGUCUGCUGGCCAAGAGUUGCCUCCAGAAUGGUGACAAAUGGGCCAUCACUUUUGACAUGUCCUCCAUCUCAGCCAGCGACAACGUCCAGAGGUCGGAGCUUCGCAUCCGCCUUCCAGACUUCACCGCGUCCCAGAACACGGUGGUGGACAUCUACCACUCACCUAAAGGCCACUGCGGUAAGAUCCACUGCGCCGAUGAUGAAGAGCGCCUGUACCUGGGUCGGCUCAGAGCUUCAUCGGCCACGUCUUCUCCACACUCUUCCUGGAGAGUCCUCAACAUGACCCUCCUGCUGAAGUUCUGGCUGCACCAGGGUGGACCCAUGCCUUCCCAGGAAGUACAGAGUGAAGACAGCCAGGAGACUGUGGUCCAACAUCCCACCGCCAACAGCAUCAUGAUGGUGGUCUACUCCAAGCAGAUGCAGAAGAAGGCGUCCACCCUCAUCCGCACAGCCGAGCACUCCAAGUACGUGACCUUGGAAAGGGCUGCCAAUGCUCAUGGGCUUGGAGCUCGGCGCCACAAGAGGAACCAUAACCACAGGGUCCAUAAGAAAGUGCGUGAAGCGGUAGAAGGAGCCGGGCAUGCUGGACAUGUCAGCGUCCCUCAAGUUGAUGAGAAGAAGCCACUGUGCAGAAAGGUGGACAUGUGGGUGGACUUCGACCAGAUCGGCUGGAGCGAAUGGAUCAUCUACCCUAAGCGAUACAAUGCCUACCGCUGUGAGGGCAGCUGCCCUACGCCCGUGGACGAGUCAUUCACGCCAACAAACCAUGCAUACAUGCAGAGUCUUCUGAAGCUUCACCACUCAGACCGCGUCCCCUGCCCGUCGUGCGUGCCCACGCGCCUGGCACCGCUCUCCAUGCUGUACUACGAGAACGGGAAGAUGGUAAUGAGGCACCACGAAGGCAUGGUGGCAGAAGCAUGUGGCUGCCAGUGAUACAACCUCAAACUCAAACUUCAGAACUUCAGCACUUAGGAACAUCUCUACGCAACAUCUGCUCAAGAAAAAGAGACUCCAGCAGAAAGAGAGAGACAAGAGACAAGACAGAGACUUGAAAAAAAGAGAGCACUACUAAAGCAAUAAUGAUGUACUAAUUGUUUUUGCAUUGUUAUUUAUCAAAUAUAUUCAUAUAUAUAUAUAUAGCCCUUUCACACACUGAUUAUUGCAUUGUUGAAUUACUGCAUCACUUGCGUAAAUAAUGUGAAGCAUCUACUUGAAAUCAGUUGGCAGCUAUAUUCCCU